AAUAGUUAUAAAGAAAUGGGGAGUAAUCAAGUGAUUAGUCAGACGGAGUAUGGGAGUAUAGCAGUUUAUGUGGACCAGAAGGUGGCGGUGGCUGGAGGAGUUCUUACUGGCAUGGUGUGAUUGAAUUUGGUUAAAGAUUAUCCAGCUCAGAGUGUCUGUGUGGAGUUUGAAGGAUGUGAGGCUGUUGAUUGGAUUCCAAAUAAUGCAGUUGGGACUAAUAUGAAGUUUCUGAAGAAAAAUGAACUCGUGAAAACACAAUCUGCUUUGCUUGUAUUCAAUGAAGCUGGGGCUCAAGCUGGCUACUAUGAUUUUCCAUUCAGAAUCUAUGUUCCUCAUGAACUUCCAGCUAGUGUUUUCUUCCCAGGUAUCGGAGAUUUCAGAUGUUUGGUAAAGUAUGUCAUCAGAGGUAUCUUGAGAUCUAGAACAAUGGAUGUCGAAGACUUAACUUUUGAAAACCUUGUUCCUCUAAACGAAAUUCCAUCUGGAUUUUAUAAUGAAUUUGUUUCGCAAAGGAAAGCAAAUGUAUGAAGCUGGUUCGGAAUAAAGAAGCACGGAGAAGUCAAAAUGAAUGUAAAGCUUUAUAAAAACUGCUUUAUGAUUAAUGGGAAGAUUUUUAUUGAAGCUGAUAUUGAUAAUUCUCAAUGCAGCAAACCAAUUAAAAGAAUUAAUCUAUCCCUGGUUCAAACCACGUAUAAGAAAUCAAAGCAUGAACUUAAAUCUUGCUUAAGAACUACAAAGUGGGUAAACUAUUACGAAGGAAUAGCAGCUCAUGAGUCUACAGGUGGAUUCACUAAAAGAAUGGAAAUAAAUCUUGAUCAUGUAAAUGGCCUUUAUGGUAAAUUUGAUUUUGAUAAAAUUGCAGACUAUGAAGAAUCUCAUUUUUUGCUUGCCAAGAAAAUCCAGUCGUCUACAAAUGGAAAUUUCGUUAUUAUAUCAUAUUACAUUUCAGUAAAACUUCUCUAUGAAAUCAAAUCCACAAAGGCAAUCGAACUACAAAUCCCCAUAAUCCUGAUGAAUUCUGAAUCAGAAAUUUAUCCUGUCUAACAAUCCCCAAUGUCUUCCGAUACAC